AAAGUUACCCACAGUGCUUUGCGUCCAACGGUAGGCUUACAGCUGGUGCUAGUGCUAAUACGCAGCCAAACCGUGACUGUUUAAACAUGACUUUAAAUGUAAGUCGUAAAACAGGAGUGACCCACUGCUGAGCUCUUCUUCAUCUUGAGGGCAGUGUGAAUGUCAGAGGUGAUGAUGAUCAUUAUCAUCAUCAUGGUUUCAUAUGCAUAAUCAAGGCUGCUGUGACCUUCUUCUCAUGAGGAUGUCUUCAGAAAAUCUCUGACAGCCAGAUGGAUGCGUUUUUGGGAACCCUUCGUGAUCAUGAUGUCAGCUCCGUCCUGACAUCCUGUGAGCCUGAACUCCAGGAGCUCAUGAGGCAGAUUGACAUCAUGGUGAAUCACAAGCGCGGCGAGUGGGAGGCGGAGGUACGAGCACUGGAGGUGCGACUGCAUAAUGGUCAGGAAGAGCUCCAGUCAGCCAAAGAACUGCUGGACAAGAGGAACUUGGAGGUACGAGUGCUUGGGAAGCAGCUCGAUGAGAUGCAAACUGGGAAACAGGAACUGGUAACCAAGUAUGAAGGACAGCUGCAGCAUGUGAGAGAGGAGUUGUCCAAGUUGAAGCGCAGCUAUGAGAAACUUCAACGCAAGCAGCUAAAAGAGGCACGAGAAGGAUCCCGAAGCCGAGAGGAGGACAAGAGUGAAGUUUUGCACCUGAACAACAAGCUAGAGGAGUUUCGUCAGUGCUCAGUAGAGUGGGAUCAGCAGCGGUUGCAGUAUCAGAGGCAGAUUGCUUCUUUAGAGGCCCAGAGGAAGAGUCUGGCAGAGCAAUUCACUCAAAUGCAGUGUCAGGGUACAAUGCGGCGUCAGGAGCAGGGGGAGAUGCAGCAGUUGCGGGCACAGCUGCAACGGGCACAAGACUCCCUACAUGCACAAGAGCUGGAGCUAGAGAGGUUAAGGCUGCUGCAGGAUGAACUGGGAGACUCUCGCAGAGAACAGCAGGUCAGCUGCGGCGCUGCAGCUCACGCUUCUGGCCAGGUUUUGAGUGAAGAGCGGGAGGAGCUGAGGGCUACGCUGGAUGCUCAGGAUCAAUUUGUCAGGAGCUCAGAACUGCAGCAACAGCAGCUGCGCAAUGAGGUGGCUCGUCUGAACCAGGCAUUGCAGGCCAAGGAACAUAUCAUCAGAUCUCUGGAGGAGUGUCUUUCCUCUCGUAGUUCUCCAGGCCUGGCGUCUAUCAGACAGGAGCUAGAGAAAGUUGUCACCAAACUACAUGGCUCUCAAACCUGUGAGGCACACCUAAAAUCAGAGCUCACCCGACUCAGAGAAAAGCUUGAAAGUGUACGGAGGCAGAAAGCAGAAGUAAGUAAGAAAGAACAGGAAUGGAGAAAACUGGAAGAGGAGCAUGCUCACUCUGUGACUGAAGUCAAGCGGCUGCGUGAAGAGCUCCAGCAGGCUGAGCAGAGUCGUUAUGCUGAGGUAGAGGCAAUGAGGAAAGAGGUGUCACUGCUCACGAGCGAACUACACCAGCGUGACAUUACCAUUGCCACCCUCACUGGAUCUGCCUCCAGUGUAGAGCGCCAGUUGCGGGCGGAGGUGGAGCGGGCAGAGCGGCGUGCAGCAGAGCUCAAGAUGACACAAGUACAGCUGGAAACUCUAAAGCUGGAGAAUCAGCACUUAACUGACCUGCUAGAGAGAGUGGAGUCACGAUCUCCAAAGAGGACAGAUGGGGAGCUGGCUAGUUUGAGGGACAGUUAUGUUUCCUCUCUGAAAAGCCUUGAGCAAGAGAAUCAGCAGCUAAGGCAGGAUCUGGCAGAGGUUCGUGCUCGUAUGGAGGCCAGUAACCAGAUGUGGCAGGACAAGUAUGAGAGAGCACUGAUGCAGAGCCACAACAAGAAUGCACACUCCCAUGACAGGUGUGAGGAGGAGCUCAAAGCCGUGAAGAGCCGUUUGCAGGAAAGCUCCUCGCAUUAUGAGCUUCAGAUCCAGUCACUCCUCAAGCAACUGGAAGACCUAUCAUCCUCCUCAUCCCCCCACCGACCCGAUGGUCAAUCACAGGGGAGCAGACCUGCCAUCUCACCAACACCGUCUGCUUCCUCCUCCAGAUCCUCGUCUUCCUCAGCCAUUAAGACCAGAAAGAUAGUGGCUCUGCUGAGCGCUGCAGCUGAAGAGGAGAGGACGCAGGGGUCGGGUUCUGCUGGAGACCCGUUGCAUUUGGAGCAUUUUGCAGGUUCUCCAGCAGGUUCAGUGACUUCUCAUUUUGUAGAAGAGGAGACACAGCGUUCUCAGGAGCUCCUGCAGCGUCUAGACGCCCAUAUACAUAGUAUGAAGCAGGAGAAUGCGAAGACUGUCAGCAAGUACCUAGCCAAAGGCAGCAGCCCCCGCAACCCACACUGACCACACACACAUACACACACAUACACAUAUACACACACACACACACACACACACACACACACACAUACACACAUACACAUACACACAUACACACAUACACAUAUACACAUACACACAUACACACAUACACACACACAAAGUGCCUUUUAAGAUUCGGCCAAUAAAUUUAAAUUGUACUCCCCGUCAUGGAGGUUAAAAUCAUUGUCAGUAAAUAUGAUUAUUGCCAAAAGAAGGAAAAAUGGCCAAUCCAAUAGGGACCGCAUUUCGACUGCUGGAUGUUUGGCAACAUAUGCAGUCUCACCCAGCACUGAAGCAUACAAUACCUCUGUAGCGAUUGCACUAAUGAAUGACCUGGAUGUGGACCUUCAUUAUGACUCUAUUUUAACUCAACCUCUGAUUGACCAGGUUCGGUGCUGUGACUGAAGUCUGACUUUUUACUAUGUAGCACUUUAGGACAAUGUUUUUCCAUGCUUUUUUUUCUCUUGUAUCCUAUCUCUCUUCCCCCUUUUUUCCCCACAAUCUCUCUCCGUUUAAUACAAUCCAUGUUUAUGUGUACAAUUAACAAAUUUGUGAACAGUUUUUAAACUUUUCUGAGUUAUAGUGGAGAACCUGUUGGAGUUACUGUAUUAAAUGAGCUUGUAUUGUUUA